AUGCCCCGCAACCACAGCGAUGAGGCCGGUACUGGGCUCUGGAUGAAAACCUCCCCAGGGCGUCGGGCUCAGGACUACGGGUUGAAAGAUGUGGAGUCUGGACGGAGGAUGAUGAACAACGCGGUUCGAGUCGGAGACAGGAUGCUUUCACUGGGCCCUGCAGGUGCAGACGGCGCGGAGAGGCAAAAGGGCGCCCGGAUGAGUUUGCUCGGGAAGCCGCUCAUCUACAGCGCGCAGAGCGGGCGCAGGAAUGUGCGCUACCGGCGUAUGCAGAAUUACCUCUACAAUGUGCUGGAGAGACCCAGGGCAUGGGCGUUCAUCUACCACGCCUUCGUGUUCAUCUUGGUGUUUGGCUGUCUGGUCCUGUCAGUGUUCUCCACAAUCCCUGCCCAUCAAGACCUGUCCAACCACUGUCUGCUCAUCCUGGAGUUUGUGAUGAUCGUGGUGUUUGGGCUGGAGUACAUCAUCAGGAUAUGGAGCGCAGGCUGCUGCUGUCGCUACAGGGGCUGGCAGGGACGCCUCCGCUUUGCCAGGAAACCCUUCUGUGUCAUAGACAUAAUUGUCCUCAUAGCUUCCAUUGCUGUGGUGUCCGCUGGUAGCCAAGGUAACAUCUUUGCCACCUCAGCAUUGCGUAGCCUUCGCUUCCUGCAGAUCCUGCGGAUGGUGCGUAUGGACCGCAGAGGGGGCACUUGGAAACUACUGGGAUCUGUAGUCUAUGCACACAGUAAGGAGUUGGUGACAGCCUGGUACAUUGGGUUCCUGGUGCUCAUCUUCUCUUCGUUCCUGGUCUACCUCGUGGAGAAGGAGUUCAACAAAGACUUUGCCACCUAUGCUGAUGCUCUGUGGUGGGGCACGAUCACCCUGACGACUAUCGGCUAUGGAGACAAGACUCCUCAGACAUGGACAGGUCGUCUGAUCUCAGCUGGCUUUGCUCUGAUGGGAAUCUCCUUCUUCGCCCUGCCUGCCGGUAUCCUGGGCUCAGGUUUUGCCCUGAAGGUACAGGAGCAGCACAGACAAAAACACUUUGAGAAGAGGAGGAACCCAGCAGCCAGCCUCAUCCAGUGUGUCUGGCGUAGUUAUGCUGCUGAUGAGAACUCGGUUUCCAUAGCUACCUGGAAGCCUCAUUUGAAGGCGUUGCAUACCUGCAGUCCUGCAAAGAAAGAACAGGGCGAGACAACUAGCAGUAAGGGUCAUAGUAAUAGGAGGCGCUUCAGAAGGUAUUACACACUGACAUUUAGGAGUACAAAGUUGAGCUUUAAGGAGCGGGUACGGAUGGCAAGCCCUCGCGGCCAGAGCAUGAAGAGCCGCCAGACAUCCAUCAACAACGAUCGACGCUGUUCCCCAGGCAAUGAUGUGGCGGGCGCUAACACGGGAACCAGCCCUGCCAAGGUGCAGAAGAGCUGGAGCUUCAACGAUCGCACACGCUUUAGACCCUCCCUGCGCCUCAAGAGUCAAUCACGCACCGCGCCCUCCGAAGUGGACACAGGAAUGGGGAAUGAUGACGCAUUCGGCGACAGGGUUUGCCACUGUGAUGUCACCGUGGAAGACCUAUCAGCUCCAUUGAAGGCUGUCAUCAGAGCCGUCAGGAUCAUGAAGUUUCAUAUAGCAAAGAAGAAGUUUAAGGAAACUCUGCGCCCGUAUGAUGUGAAAGAUGUGAUAGAACAGUACUCUGCAGGACACCUGGAUAUGCUCUGCAGAAUCAAGAGUCUACAGACUAGGGUGGAUCAGAUACUGGGUAAGGGCCAAAUCCCCAUCGACAAGAAGAUCAGGGACAAGCUGCACCCUGACAGGGAUACUCUGGAGGACAUGAGCAUGCUGGGACGUGUGUGUAAGGUGGAAAGACAGGUGACGUCCAUAGAGUCAAAGCUGGACUCUCUGCUGGAUGUGUACAGGCAGGUGUUACAAAAUGGUUCGUCUGCCCUCACCCUCUCCUCCCUGCCCCUGUUCGAGCUGGAGCACCAGACCUCCGACUACCGGAGCUCCAUCCUCAGUAAGAACCUGUCCUCUGGCUCCCCCCAGGGAGGGGAGGGCAGAGGGGGGCAUGAAAGUGGUGGGGGGAUGUCCCGGUCAACAACAGGCCAUCUCUCCAGGGGCCUCCAGCUCAUUCUGGCCCCCAGCGAGCUCACCCUCAACACCUGCCCCCCCUCCUACCCUGCCUCCACUGCAUCCCUCACGCCCUCGCCUCUCCUGCCCCCUGACAGCCCCUACCCGCUCCUCACCACACCCAGUAGUUUCCCCAGGCGAGCGCACUUCCCUGACCUCCUGCCCCCUCCACCAUCCGCUGGUGCUGCCACCCUUCAGCUGCCCCCCAUGGGCCCCCAGCAAAGACGUUCCCUCAGCCCCACCCCAGAUGCUACACGAGGGGGUAGGCUGGAGCAGAGCUCAGGCCUCUCUAUGGUGGUGGGCUCCGGGGUGGACCAUGGAGAGGAGGGGGACAGAGAGGGUGGACAUAGCUGGGGCAGGGUGCAGCUGAGGGGGAAGUCCCAUUUGAGGGAGGAGGGCCCCUGGAGGAGGCACAUGAGCCUGGAGGUGGACCCCAUGCUGCUGCUUUCCUCUGGAUGUGACGGCAAGCCCUUGGAGCAGGAACAGGGGCUGGGGAAGUCCCUGUCGGCACAUAACCUCACCCAGCCAUCUGCAGACAACCUUCCUAACCUGUCCUCUCCCCUCGGCAACAGUAGCAGUUCUAGUGGCGACUGCCAUGGCGACCCCGACGCUAGCAACUGGGGCGAGACAGACCUUUUCAUCACCGGCCGUGACCUGGAACCGCAGGAGGACCAGUUUGAUUUCCUGUCCCAGGGGAGUGACUUCCUGUCCCAUCCCACAGCGGACGGUACCACCUGCUUGGACGUUCUGCGGACUGAAGAUAGGGGGUCCUUAAGCAGUCUGACUGGUCCCUGCACCCCCACAAUGGGCAGUGCAGAGUCCCUCAACCAGCCUACCCACAUCAACAAGGGGGACUAUGAAGGUGAGGUGCAAAUCUUCAGGAGCAGUGAGGUGCAGCAGAAGGCCCGAGAGAUGAUAGAGGAGCUGGUGGCCGGAGACAAAAGUCCCGGGUUUUCUGCAGCAGACCUGGGUGAGGUGUUAGGUUUGGGGGUGGAGCAGGUGGAGGAUUUGGGGGUGGAGGAGGUGCGCCACCUGGCAUUCUGCCUGGGCGAGCCUGACGGGCAGGCCGAGGCAUGGGAGCCAGACGAGCCAACCGAUGCUUGUGAGCCUCUCAAGCCAGCUGAGGUAUGGGAGCCUGACGAGCCAGUUCGAUGA